AUGGCCACCGUCCCUAUCAAUAGCACUCCAGCAGCUGGACAGCUGAUCGAACACGAAGGGAAAACUUACGAGACAAUCCGCGAAGGCCAGGCGUAUAUCCUCAUUCCACCAAAUACGCAAAAGCACGUGAACCCGCAGGCGAAAGACAAAUCAAAGAUUGACGAAUCGGUCAAAGCACAGAGCGUCUUUUACAAUCCCAUCCAGCAGUUCAAUCGGGAUCUGAGUGUACUGAGCAUCAAAGCUUUUGGCGAAGAUUGGAUAGCGCGGAAGAGGGCAUAUCACGACAAAUUCAGGGAGAAGAACCAGCAGAAGAGAGCGGCAUACAAAAAGCGGAAAGCAGAUGCCGCGAACGGAGAGAAAGAGGGCAGCGCGAAGCUCAGAAAAGCUGCUGAUGGGAGUCCGCAGAAACCAGUUGAUGAAGCUGUGGCUGAUGAGCUAGAUGGAGGUGUGAGUGUAGCAGCGGGCACGGGACUGCAAGAUGAGACCAAUGCUGCUGCAAGCUCAGCUUCCAUCGUUCCCGAGAAUGGCACAAAUGGACAACAGCCGCCAGCUAAAGGUGCUGAAGGCAACUCGAACGGGCAACAACAUAAGCCCACAAACCCGAGUUUCCGUAUUCUGGACGCCCUCUCCGCCACUGGACUACGAGCAUUGCGAUAUGCGAAAGAGAUACCAUUUGUUACUUCAGUGGUGGCCAACGACAUGAACCCAAAUGCCACCAAGAGCAUGGCAUUGAACAUUGAGCACAACGAUCUCAAAUCCUUGAUUACGCCCAACACUGCCAACGCCAUCGGUCACAUGUAUCAAGUGGCAUUUCCGCCUACUGACUCGCAUGGUCCUUCUCACCAAAACCAAAAGUACGAUGUGAUUGAUCUAGAUCCAUACGGUACCGCAGCACCAUUCAUCGAUGCAGCACUGCAGGCUCUGAACGACGGAGGUCUUCUCUGCGUCACAUGUACAGAUGCUGGUGUCUUUGCGUCAACGGGGUACUGUGAGAAGACGUACGCGCUGUACGGAGGCAUGCCUGUCAAAGGCUCGCAUGCGCACGAGGGUGGAGUACGUUUGAUCAUCAACUCCAUCGCAUCCGCAGCCGCUYGUUAUGGAUUGUCUGUCGAGCCUCUCCUCUCCCUAAACAUUGACUUCUAUGCGAGAGUAUUCGUACGCGUUCGGAAGAGUCCAGCGGAUGUCAAGUUUCUCGCAGGCAAGACAAUGUUGGUCUACUCUUGUGAUUAUGGCUGCGGAGCUUGGUCGACGAAUAUGUUGGGUCGUAAUGUGUCGCAAGCUGGCAAGAACAGUACAUUCUUCUACAAACAUACAAUCGCCCAGGCGCCGACCGCAGACAGGCUAUGCGAUCAUUGCAAGCAAAAGAUGCACAUAGCUGGGCCAAUGUGGGGUGGUCCCAUUCAUAAUCGUGCAUUCAUCGAACAGGUAUUGGCAAGCUUGGAGACCGCUGAUGGUGAGGUCUACCAGACAAUACCACGGAUUGAGGGCAUGUUGACGACAGCUCUGGAUGAGCUGUUGAUCAACAAGGAUCCGCUCACCGACAAGGACGGCAACUCUCCAUCAUCGAAAGAGUCCGAGCAAAUGAUCCCUCGAGUUCCAGCUGAAACCCUCGACCACCAUCCAUUCUUCAUCAGUCUCUCCGCACUUAGCAAGGUAUUGCACUGUAUCGCUCCCUCGGACGCUUCUGUCAAAGGAGCUCUCAGGCAUGCAGGCUACAUAGUGACAAGAAGUCAUUGCCAGCCCGGGAGCAUCAAGACAGAUGCGCCAUGGACUGUCAUUUGGGAGGUGAUGAGAGAAUGGGUGCGGCAAAAGCAGCCCAUCAAGGAGGGUGCGCUGAAAGAAGGGACUGCAGGAUGGCAUAUCAUGCAGAAUGCCAGGAAGAUUGAAGAGUCUGAGACCGACACUGCCAAUGGCCCCGCAGCUGACUCUGCAACUCCUGAGAUCAUCACGGACGGAGCUGCCAAGGUCAAACAACCGGCGGGCGAAAUACAGCGGAUCAAUGUCGUCUUUGACGAAUCGCUGGGCAGAAACCCAAAGCCUGAAAAGGGUGCGAAGAGAUUGGUUCGCUAUCAGAUGAACCCGAGGGAGAAUUGGGGGCCUAUGACCAAGGMGAAGGGAAGCGGUUGA